UCUGGGCCUCAGCAUUUAAAAGGUGAAGUGAGUUUAUUGCAUCAUAAACACCCUUUCAAUUCUGAGGGAAAACUGCAUCACAAACAAUCUGCAAUCUGAGCCAUGGACACACAGUUAAGGUUGUAUUUUUAUUUACUCUCUUGUGUGCUCUGCAGUUUUAUUUGUUUUGUUUUUUUACAUUAGAUUUCAUGUUUUGUCCUUGUGCUCAGAGCUUUUUCACUAUGCUAACCUCUUGGACACUUGCGAAACAGCAGUGAUAUACUCCUACUAGAAUAACACUUUCCAAUAACACACAAUCUUCCCAUAACUUCCUCUCCCUGUAGACAAGACAGGGUCAACCAGAAAAGCAGCAUAGGUGUGCGUGUGUACAUAUGAGUUGUGUGUGUGCGUGCAUCCACAUCAUUUGUUAUUAUAUCUUCUGUCUGUAUCCCCCUGAUUGGGUAUCUAGGAAUGUUAAAAGCAGGAAAAGGUCGUACUUCAACAAUACUCGCUCAUUUCUACACAGAAGGGCUACGUUGCCGUGCCAGGUGAAAAUCCAAGCUCUUCCUGCACAGACUCUGCAAUCAUUCCUCAGUGACGUUCCAACUCUUCCUGCUUUAAAACACUCCUGUCAAGACACCAGACCAAUCAGGACACAGUAUGCUUCUCAUUAAGUAAGUCACCAGUUCACUCUCCUGGAAGUUUGUGUCACGCAAGUACUUUAAGAAAUAGAGAAGUUCUACACUCAUCACUGACACUUUCCUGAAGAUAAAUUAAGUUUGUGUCUUCCACAGAGGUGUUUAGAUGCCAUACACCAAUAUGUCUGAACAGUGGAUUUUGAGGGACAUGAAAAGUGAUCUUUGCUUAGCAGAUGUGGGUGAUCAGGUAACACAGGUAACACAGGCACAGGUCUCAAUAUCCCAUAAUAAAUCAGAUUUAACCCCUACUUGGGGUUAAAUAAGCCUUUACAGGGCAGCCUGUAAAGGCAGGGCAGCCUGUAAAAGGCUUAUUGUGGGUAUAUUUUAAGGUGUGAGAUGCAGAACAAAGCAGGAUUGUGAACCUAUGAACCUGUCCACCCUGGCUUACAGAUCCUGAUGUCAGAAAUGAGUCUUAUGAUCGUUUCCAUGUCGGGCUGUUUGUGUUUGACAGGAGGAAUUAGCCCACUGUUGAACCAUACAGAACUCUUCACUACACACCUGGUCUCAUUAUUCUCUUCCAUUUUUUCCCCUCUCUUCUUCCCCUUUUUAGUGUGUGUGUGUGUGUGUGUGCAUUCCUUGUGUGGAUUUGUGUGUGCUGCAGUGAGGAUUAACCUAGUACUUCAGCUGAUGCUGAUUGGAAUGACGUUCAACACACACAGGCUGGCUUUUAACAAGAAGGAGAGACUGGACCUUGUGUGUGUGUGUGUGAGAGAGAGAGAGACAGAAAGAAAGAGGACACUGAUUAUAAUUUAAUGUCAACAUGACAGGAGCUGUGUUGUUAGUCUGUGUCUGGGCUGCCCUCUUUUAUAUCUUAUCUCCCUCCUGCUCUUCACACACACACAUGCACACACAAUGGAGGCUAUGUACACUGACUGUACUACUGUACCUGGCAUAGUGCCUUUUGGCCCCGUCAGUUGCAGGUGCAGGUAAAUGGGUUAGUUAGGCCAGGACACAGACAGGCUGGGACUUAAAUAAUCUGUCUCUCACACUCCAACACUCUCCUCAUAAUGUGCACAUUUCACCUUGCUGAUUUCCGACAUUUUGUGACCUAAUUUAUGUACCUGUGUUCCUCUCUUACUCCUCUUUGGCCCUCUUAUAAAUAUGCAUCAAGGAAUCUUGGAUUAGGGGCAAGGAUCCUUUUCUAAAGCUCAGCAUGUGUGUGUUUGGGUGAGAGAGUGUGUGUGUGAGUGGGUGUAUGCAUGCUUGAGUAUGUGUGUUUGUGUCUUAAGCCAGGCAGAGCAGAAUACGGGCCCGCUGUAAGCCCAGGCAUGUGUGAUUUGUGUGAAUGGGUUUAGUGUGCGCUGAUGGGCGACGUCUCGGACACUAGAUGACCAGGCGCUCCAUAGACAACGCAGCCUGUCCUGCUAAACAUAUCAAGUUUGUCCCAUCGCUGAGUGUCACAGAGGACGAGCCAUUUGUGGAGAAGAUCCAAGAUUCUUGUAACUUUUCUGCUGGCCACAUCCUGUUGAAACACACCUCUUUUCUCGUGUACCCUCCUCUCUCUGUCCUAGCUCUUAUUCCCUCUUGCUCAACAUACUCUUACACAUUUAAGCCCUCUCCCACAUACACACACCUCCCCUUAUUCUGGCCUCAUUUUCUGCUUUUAGCUCUGCUCUCCUGUUCCCUUUCUCGUCUACCUGUCCAAGAAGGACAAUCCUUGAUUUUCCCCACUCUUGUCCUACACCAUCACUGCACAAUUCCCUCGCUCUCCUAAACAACUCUUUUCCCCUAAUGGGCACCAUAUCAGACAGCAGUGCCACAUUCCCUUCAUCAUCACUGAGAACCUCUCUCCACCCCUAACUGCUUCACCGGCACCAACCACAACACAACCCAAUGGAGACAAAAGAUAUGAUGAUGACAAGCAUGUUGACAAUGGACAAGGGGGAGAAUGAAGGAGAGAGGGACAAAGGGAGGGAGGAAAUGGGGGGAGAAGAGGAGGGGACACAGCAGGAAAAUGGUAGACUGAUGCUGGCUGAUGGUCUUGCAGAGAAAGGACCCAAGAGCCUGACCACGGGCUCUGGCCAGCAGGUGUCCAAUGGCUUCACUUCAUCCACCCCUCAGAGCCCCAGGGACGGACCAGGGACCGCAGCUUGCUCUGGGGGCACAGCCUCUGGGCCUGGAGGUGGCGCUGGGUCCUCCAUGCCACUGGGAGGCCUCAGGACUCUAGUGGUCCAACAAACCAGCUUGGAGAGGCCCAGAGAAACCUGGAGCAAGAAGAUGGACUUCUUGCUGUCUGUGAUUGGCUACGCCGUUGACCUGGGAAAUGUCUGGCGCUUCCCCUACAUCUGCUACCAGAAUGGAGGAGGUGCCUUUUUGUUCCCCUACCUGUUGAUGGCGGUGUUUGGAGGUGUCCCUCUCUUCUAUAUGGAGCUGGCUCUCGGGCAGUUCCACCGCAGCGGCUGCAUCUCCAUCUGGAAACACAUCUGCCCCAUCUUCAAAGGGAUCGGCUUUGCCAUCUGCAUUAUAGCCCUCUACAUUGCCUUCUACUACAACACCAUCAUGGCCUGGGCCUUGUACUACCUACUGUCAUCAUUUGGGUCAACCCUUCCCUGGACCACCUGCACCAACAGCUGGAACACAGCCAACUGUAACCGCUACAUGUCCACCGACCACAAUGUGUCGUGGUCCAACUCCUCCACCUCCCCCGCAGAGGAGUUCUAUACUCGCCAGGUGUUGCAGGUUCACCUCUCCCCAGGCCUGCACCAGCUGGGCUCUGUCAGCUGGCAGCUGGCCCUCUGCCUGCUCUUCAUCUUCACCAUCGUCUACUUCAGCAUCUGGAAAGGAGUCAAGACGUCUGGAAAGGUAGUUUGGGUGACUGCUACCUUUCCCUAUCUGGUCCUUCUUAUCUUACUCAUCCAUGGGGCCACUCUGCCAGGGGCCUGGAGGGGUGUCGUCUUCUAUCUCAAGCCUGAUUGGACGAAACUGCUUAGCACUUCAGUGUGGAUUGAUGCAGCAGCUCAGAUCUUCUUCUCUCUGGGUCCGGGGUUCGGUGUACUCCUUGCCUUUGCCAGCUACAACCCAUUUCACAACAACUGCUACAAAGACGCGUUGGUCACCAGCUCUGUGAACUGUCUGACCAGCUUUCUGUCUGGCUUCGUUAUCUUUACUGUGCUGGGAUACAUGGCUGAGAUGAGGCAGCAGGAUGUGGAUGCUGUGGCCAAGGAUGCUGGACCCAGUCUGCUGUUCAUCAUUUAUGCAGAGGCCAUAGCAAACAUGCCUGCCUCCACUUUCUUUGCCAUUAUCUUUUUCCUCAUGAUCAUAAUGUUGGGUCUGGACAGCACGUUUGCAGGGUUGGAGGGGGUGAUCACAGCUAUGUUAGAUGAGUUCCCUCACAUCCUGGGUAAGAGGCGUGAGUGGUUUGUCUUUGGCCUGGUGUGUGUCUGCUACCUCGGGGCUCUCUCCACACUCACAUAUGGAGGAGCGUUUGUGGUAAAGCUGUUUGAGGAGUACGCUACAGGCCCUGCAGUCAUCACCGUGGUGCUGCUCGAAGUCAUUGCUGUUUCCUGGUUCUAUGGUACCAAACGUUUCUGUAAUGACAUCCAGGUCAUGCUUGGUUUCUACCCGGGUUUUUUCUGGAGGCUCUGCUGGGUGGCCAUCUGUCCCUGCUUUCUGCUGUUCAUCAUCAUCAGUUUCCUGGCCUUCCCUCCAGAGGUCAGGUUGUUUAACUACCACUACCCACAAUGGACCACUGUCCUAGGCUACUGCAUUGGGGUGUCCUCAUUCAUCUGUGUGCCUGCUUACAUGGUCUACCACCUGCUCAACGCCAAGGGCACAUUCAAACAGCGUCUUUUAAAGAGCAUCACUCCAGAGCCGGGCAGUGUGGACCACAGAGACUACAUUGUCACCAAUGCAGUCUGACCAGAUCCUGACCAAAAGAAGGUGCUACUCUAUCAACACUAGAGCGCCCUCUUCUGGACAAACUGCAAAACUACCGGACAAAGGGGCUACCUUUCACCAUCUUUGCCUCUUCUCAUACAUCUCCCUCACACGUUUGUCUUUCUCACACUAAGAUCUAGAAAUAGAUGUGGGAUUAGGUGGAGCCAGGCUGCAGCAGCUUUGUUUAGCUUCAUUUGGUUUGGUUUCUUACCCUGGGUUAAUAUCGAAGGAGUUCUCUGGUGUUACUUGCAAACCCAGAGCCCAGUUCACAUUCCUCUUCAUAUUUUUCCACUCAAAAGCAUCACUUUUCUUCAGGUAAUAAAGUCGUAAUAAAUAUUUUAUACAGUUAUACAUCUGUGUUCCUCCAGACCAUAUAACAUGCAAUCAGACUGGAGAUACUGCACAUUGAAAUCAGCUGGAAAAGGCCAGACAGAUACAUUUCACUCCACUCUCACUGUUUAUAGUUGUACUUUCAUAUUAUGCGAUUAAGUUAUGCAUUCUAAUAUGUAGCAAAAUUCAGGUAUCUUUUUACAUCUGUUACUGAAGCCAAAUAUAUGAUAUCGGUUCUGUUCAUAUUUCUAAAGAUGUUUCAAUAUUGUAGUUGUCGUUAUGUUGUGUUGACUGUCAGCCUGUGUUUAUUCAAUGGCAUCUCGGACGAAUGACAAAUUUGCAAUGAGUUCCCUACACUGUGAAGCACUGUCUGGUAGUGGCAGGAAUGUGUGUGUGUGUGUGUGUGUGUGUGUGUGUGUGUGUGUGUGUGUGUGUUCAAAAGACAGACUGUUAAAAUGUCCAGUGGAAAAACGAUUCACAGACAGAACUAACCAUGUGUAUUCAUUCUAUAACUGCAAUAUAAGAUGUGUAUUUAUUUUAUAAAGUAUCACUGCUGUCAUUUUGACUUUCCUCACUUCAAUCGUUACAUGACAUAGUUUUAAUCUCAGUGACAUUCUGCACUCUGUCCUACUGCAUAACUGUCAGUAAUAGAAACCAAAUAUGGAUCAGAGUUAAUAACAUUAUCAACAUCAUAGUCUGAGAAUCAGCGUCACUGCUCUUUACUUUCUACCAAAAAUUAGUGUCUAUGUGUGUAUGCACAUGUGCCUGUGUGUGAGAGUGUAUGUAUCUGUGUGUAUGUAGGAGCGGGAGUUAAAAUAUGGCGAGUACUGUACAUCUACAUGUGUAUUUACUAGUCAGUCUGGUAUUGGUGUAAUCUAUCCUGUGAAUACCCGUCUCCUCCCUCCAUGGAUGUGUGAAUGUGAGUGUGUUUAGUGAGUGUCAGUGCGUGUGUGUGUGUGUGCGUGUACACCUUGGUUAGUAUGUCGGUGCACAUGUGGAUGGUUGCACGAAAAGGAUUAGAGGUGUUCAGCCCCUUUAUGUGUGCAUGCUGUGAUGUGUGUGAUUACUGUACUUCAAUGUGUGUGUGUGUGUGUGUGUGUGUGUGUCUGUGUGUCUGUAAUGUGAACUCCUGUUGUCUUGUUAAUGGCCAAAAUAUCCUAUGAAGGAAGUAAACUCCCUCCUGCCUCUCUCUUUUUCUCUAGUACCUCUCAAACUUAUGUAAGAUCUAUGUAUGUCAAUAAAAGACUGUAUUGAGAAAUACACCUGUAUAGGAUAAAGAUAUAUAAAUAUAUGGAAAAUACCAGAUAAUAAAGAUAUAUGGAAAUAAAUUA